AUUAAAUCAAUGCUGGACUACCAUCCUGAUUAUCAGACUAUAUCCCAGAACUCUAAAUGAUGUUAUGACCUUGGGAAAGAUAGGUUUAGGCUCUCAGUGCCUAAAUUUAAACUAGCUGUUCCUAAAAAUAUGAAAGCAGGAAGAAAAUUUGAGAAAUGAGCUUAUUCAAGUUGUAGAAGAAAUAAGUUUUCAGAUUUUCAGCGAAGGAAUUAUUUCCCUAAAGUAACACCCUUGAGAGAGAACAGGCGUUAUAAGUCGAUAACAAAGGCUCCAUCUCCUAUGGAGCAAUCCUUAUCAGCCUCAAGCAGUUUUGAUAGUGAUGAGAAUGAUGACUAUGUAUCAAGAAAUGCUUCUCUUCAAUUCUCAUUCUCACCUAGCAAGGUGAACUUAAGUGUGAACAACGAUCAUUCUCAAAUGCAGGCCAUCCAAGAAAAUCCAGGCACUAAUCUCUCCCAUUCAGAGUCUUUUGGUUCAGUAGGUAGUCCUAGUCCAACCACUAAUGCAAGAAGAAUUAUGAAGAAGAGUCGAUUGGCGAUGUCAAAAAACUCCUCAUUUAAGAAGAAUUCCUUAAAAAGGACCGUUUCAAUCAUAAAUAAUCAAUUUAAAAACCUACAAGCUCUUCGGGAGAAGAAGCCUAUCAUUAUGAUGAAGAGGGUUGAACCUAAUAAUCUUCAGAAUGCUUCUGAAUUUAAGUUCAAGAAGUUUGUCAAACAGCCUGUUGAUAGCAAUCCUCAUUUGAAGAAUCUUCGAAGAAGGAUGUCUAUUAAAUAAAACGAAGAUCAUGAGAAUGUCACCUCUUAGCACUAAGAGGGGUACCAUGAACCUUGGAAGUAUGACCAGCGUCUCCUCUCUGAAUGAGAAGAAUGAUGAUGAAGAUAACUUUUACUUUGACAAAGACUUUCAGAAGAAAGUGUUCCCUGAGUGGCUAGAGAACCAGGAGGAAUUCCGAAAGCUUAGAAAGGCCAAAGGCAACUUCAGCACCAAUGAUAUCUUCGCUAUUUGUAAGAAGAGGCAUGUUGAAAGGACUGAGUUUGAACAUAAAUUUGUAAAUGAAUACCUUAAAUCGCGAAUUACCUAUUUCACUAAGAACUUUUACCCUGAGGCUGUCAAGCAGGCAGCUAUGAAGCUUGAUUCGGUGCAGAUCAAGAAGGGCCAAACUAUCUAUGAAGCUAAUUCUAUUGGUAAAGAAAUGUAUGUGAUCUAUAAUGGAGAAGUUGGACUAUAUAAAUAACUCACUGCUCCUUGAAAAAGUCCCUUAUAACAACGUAGUUGGCGAGAAAGUUAUCGAAUUUACCCAAGUCAGGGAAUACACAGCUAUAGCAUUGAAGGACUGUGAGCUUCUUGCCUUCACAUUGGAAGAUUUCAAAAAUAUCAUGACUAAUCUAAGCGUGGCAAUCACACAGCUAAAUCGAGAAUUGAUCAAAUAACUCAGCUAGUUUUGAGAAUUUAGAGACUUCUCAGAGAGAAAGACUCCUACACAUGGUUGAGAUCCAGAAAGUCUCCAAGGGAAAAACUGUAUAUAAUCAAGGUGAGGAGACAAAUGGGAUUUAUAUCAUCCAGAGUGGGAUGGCUGAGGCUUACUCGGUCCUCGACAUGGAUAGUUUCAGACAAUACCCAGUCGGCAUAUCGCAAUGGGAAAUAGAGAGGACGACCAACUCUGUACUAUGAAAGAUGGGCAAAAUUGCUAAAGGAGAAGUGUUUGGCUUUACUGAAAUUCUCCGCAAAAGUAAACUCAGGAUGAAUAAAAUUGUGGCUCUUGAAGAUACUUUCAUGCUGCAUCUCUCAGCUGAAAAUUUCAACGAGAUCUUUAACACAGAGAAUAUUCAACAAAUAGUCAGAGCUAGUAAGAUAAAAAACCCUCAGCAGGCUAUCAAAGAUAUUAUUGCUUUUCAUAAAUGGAACAAGAUUCGGAAAGAUGCAUCGGUGACUGCUGCUAUGAAUAGAGAGGAGAAGCCCCAGUCCUCUCUUGAUUUCAUCAAGAGAAUUCAUCAGAUACAGGAUUCUAUUACUAAGAUGAGUGAUCCCGAAAUAAUCAAAAAGCUAAACUCUGGGAAAGAUCUAAAGGUGAUUAAGAUUAAAAAAUCCUACAAGCAGGUAGAUGACCCUCAUUAUUUGAAGCUAAACAGUUUGGACGAGAUAUCAAAGAGAACAGUAAGAUUUGCUCUUCCGGACUCUUAUUUUGAUGAUGGAUUUAAGUAG